UAAUUGUCAUAUGUCAUUACGUGGCCUGACUAGGGUAGAGCUUUGCUUUGGAUAUUAUUUCAAAAAUAAAUCGAAAACAAAAUAGGUUACAGUGAAAUAAACUUAUUUAAUUAAAAUGAAAAGCUCAAAUAGACACAUAGUUUUCUUACUAUCUAUCUGUUCAGUAAUAACAGCUAGUUACAGUUAUACCAUUACAGUCGAUGCUCAUGCAGAAGAAUGUUUUUUUGAAAAUGUAGAUGCCGAUACUAAAAUGGGUUUAACAUUCGAAAUAGCUGAAGGAGGUUUCUUAGAUAUAGAUGUUAAGAUAACAGGACCUGAUGGAGCUGUCAUAUACACAGGACAAAGGGAAUCAUCUGGAAUGUACACAUUCUCAGCAGCAACAUCUGGACGUUAUACAUAUUGUUUUAGCAAUCAAAUGUCCACUAUGACACCAAAGGUAGUAAUGUUCAAUUUCGAAGUGGGUGAUGCUCCAGCCAAAAAAACAGGUGAAAAAGAUGAUGAUGCAAAUCACAAUAAGUUAGAAGAUAUGAUUAAGGAAUUGGGAACUACUCUAAAAACUGUAAAACAUGAACAAGAGUACAUGCAGGUUCGUGACCGCAUUCAUCGUGACAUCAAUGAGAGCACAAACUCUAGAGUUGUAAUGUGGUCUAUAUUUGAGGCGUGUGUUCUUCUCAUUAUGACAUUUGGGCAAGUGUAUUACCUUAAAAGGUUCUUUGAAGUCCAACGUGUUGUGUAAUUUAUAGUAGGUGUUAUAAUAUAAAUUUAAAAAAAUAUAAGAUCUAUUUAUUUAUACAAUUUGAGUGAUCUGUGGUUUGAGAAUGUUUUUAUACAAGCUAUUAUAAAUUAUUUAAACAUUUGUUUAUCAUUUUGUGUUGAAUGUGAAUUAACAAUACAACUUUAGUUUUCAAAAAAUAUUUUUUAUAUAAGUUCGAGUUCAGGUACACUGCUAAUACAAGUCCCAUGGCUUUAAUAUUUGCACACUAUAGUUGUUGAACAUUUUUAUAUGAAAUUUCAGUAGUUUGUCUUUGAUAUAAAAUAAAAGAAACUCUCACA